AUGCGCACACGCAGGCGCUCCACAGAGAAUCCCUUUGGUCAGACCCGCCCCUUUCCGUUCCCCUCCGCCCGCACCGCCGUCCUGACCCCGGGCCGUGACGUAGGAGAUUCCGCGGUGCCCACUGCCGUAGGCGCGAGCGGCAUGGUGCAGAUGGAAACCUCUUCGAAUUUUCGGAGCCGACGAUGCUCCAUCUUGCGCAACUGCAAAAGCGGUCUCUCCUUGUGGCUGGUGGUGUGGAUGGUUCUCGGCGAGCCUAGUCCGGUGUCUGCGUGUCCGCAGAACUGCGUGUGCUACCCGACACCGAUGACUGUGAGCUGCCAGGCGCAGAACUUCACUGCCGUGCCCGUGGGAGUGCCCUACGAGUCACAGCGCGUAUUCCUCCAAAACAACAGGAUCACGGAGCUCAGAGUUGGCUCCUUUGGCUUUGGGACUCAGGUCCUGUGGCUGUUUUCUAACAACAUCACGUGGAUUGAAGCUGGGGCUUUCAGUGAGCUGAGGGACUUGGAGGAGUUGGACCUGGGGGACAAUCCUAGCCUCCACAGACUGGAGGGGGGAGCCUUCCGUGGCUUAGAUAAACUCCAGAGCCUCCACAUGCAUCGCUGCAAGCUCACUGCGCUGCCCCAUGACAUCUUCCACAAACUCUACAGUCUGCAGUUCCUCUAUUUACAGGAGAACCACCUUCACUUUCUGCAAGAUGACAUCUUCUCCGAUCUGAUCAACUUAAGCCAGCUCUUUAUUCACGGCAAUCGUAUCCGCACACUCUCCGAAAACGUGUUCCGUGGCCUGGUCAACCUGGACCGGCUACUUCUCCAUGACAACCGUAUUCGCCAGGUGAACCGCCGAGCCUUCAGAGACCUCGGCCGCCUCACCAUGCUGUUCCUCUUCAACAACUCUCUGGCUGAGCUACCUGGCCAGACGCUACGAGACCUGCAGGGCAUCGAGUUCCUCCGGCUCAAUGCCAACCCCUGGUCCUGUGGCUGUGAGGCGAGGCCCGUGUGGGAGUGGUUUCGUGAGGUGCAUGUCUCAUCAUCCGAAGUGAUCUGUGCUUCACCCUCCGCCCGUCGCAACCAGGACAUGCGCUUCCUCCGGGAAAUGGACUUUGCUCUCUGCCCCCUGCCCGACCCCGGCUCCAUCGCUGGCUCCACCACCACCACCUUCAGCACUAAAACCCGCUGGUGGUUCCACAAAAACAAGCCCCAGUCGUCCAGUAAAGGCGUGUUUGAGAAGGCAUCGGAGACAGUCAAGGCCGGUCUCUACGGCAAAGGGCCCUCCAGCACCACCUCUGUAGUCAAGUAUGAGCUGGGAGAGGAGGAGCUUGCUCUGCCUAAACUAGACCAAGAGGAGUACUGGGCCAACUAUGGCAAUGAGGACUCUGGCAUUACGGUGCGCUGCUUUGAGCUUGAGUGUCCGCCUGAGUUUGACCUGCCUCCCAACUCCUCUGCCUCGCCCUCUGCACUGUCUAUCCUCUCCGUGUCUUUACUCACAGCCUGCCUCCAUCUGCUCUUUGGCUGA